AUGAGUCCUAGUUUCACGUUGAAUCCAGGCGAUGUGAAAAUGGUUCAUCAUUUGCGUAGCGGUGGGAAAUUAGUGAUACAGAAAAAGAAGAAUGGCCGAGAGUUCACCUUCAACAGUCUUCAAUUUUACAGAAUCAAUUGCGUAUCUCGAGGCGUUGGUCCGGUUCCAGUUACGUUUGGCCUACGCUCUGAAGGUUGCCUCCGAUGGCAGGAAGUAUUCCUGGAGAAAACGAAGGAAAAUGCCGUCCUAUCGCUGACUGAUGCACAGGGGCACUCCAUCAAAACUCUAGCUUGUGAAUUCUAG